AUGCCUGAUCACCUUAAAUCGUGGCAUGUCGCCAAUCUCGGCCACCUAAUCGAGUCAUACCGUUUCUCAGAAGAGGCCAUCGACAUGCUCGAGGCGGAUGCCACCCAGCUAAUCUCAAAGUCAGAAAGCUGCAGGUUUCAUGUCAAGAGAGAUUACUACAUCGGCAGCUACGCACAAGCCUACGUUGUGCUCGAAGGCGCUGACAGUGCUGGAAGCUCCAGGCUGCACCUUGCUGCUGUCCCCUACUGCCUCAUCGCGAAAGAUUCGAAGGACGCCUCGGCUCGAGAGAAUAAGAAGCAAGUGAGAACCGAUGCAGGCUGA